UGCUGGUGGUCAUUGCCCUUCCGUGCAAUGCGUGCAGCUGGACAACUCAGGGUCAACCCGAUGUCCGAACGCGUCUCUUACGUAUUGCGGAGAUUGCCAGAAAUUCCCCGAGCGCCGAUCUAAAAUAAUCUGAAUUUGUCCAUACUUCUCCAUCCAUUUCACCUUGUUUUUCUUUAGCGUUGAAUAGCUAUGACUACCGUAGGCAUUCUUUCGCAGAAUAUAGGACCACAUCUUGGAUAUUAUCCGGGCGACUUUUCACAACCGUUCCAGGAUGACGCCAAUGCAACCGAUGCCCGAUCGAGAAAAAGAAUGGAGCCAGUCAUUGUUAGUGCCUUAGACUUGAAGCGCCUACAGCAGAAACUUGAAGGGGUAGGGGUAGAGGAGCGAAUCCGUCAGAUGCAAAAAGAAGAUCGUGAGGAACGAUACCGUCUGUCCAAGGCCCGCGUAUCACGGUGGGACAAUACCAUUGCAGGCCAGCGGCGAAAAAGACUUCAAUCCCGUUCAGAUAGACUGGCAGCCGAGGAAGCUGAGCGUGUACGAAUGGACCAGGAGUAUGCCGCAGAGGAAGCUGAGAGGAGGAAGGCUGCCAUUGACCGAGCCAAGCAAUUACAGUAUUACCAAACAGAUAUGGUCAAGAACUUUCAUAGUAAAGUUGUGCUCUUUGAGGCCUUAAAGGAAAGAGAUAUGCAGGUCGCUCUCAAAAAAGAGCGGGCAGAGCUCGAAAGGAAACGGGAUUUGGAAUACGCGCGCGAAGAAGAACCGAAAGCAGUUGCUGCGAAACAGGCUGAACUGCAAGUGCAACUAGAAGUCCGACGACGUGCAUUGCAAGCACAGCAGGAUCUGCUUGAUCAACUGAGACAAAAGCAAGCGCGGGAAGAUGUAGAAGCGGAGGCAUGCCGCCGAGAAGCAGAGACUCUGACUCGCCUUGACGAAGAAUUCAAACAGAAGCAAAAAGAGGCGGCCGCGAAACAACGGUCGCAGCGAGCAAUUUUGCGUCAAGAACUCCUUAAUAUGAAAGAAGAGCUAGCUACUCGAAACGCAGCAGAUCGACAAUUAGAUGCAGAAGAAUCUCGCAAGGCAGAUGAAUGGGCUGAUCGGAAAAGACAGCAGAACAUAAAGAAGAAAGAGCGCGAAAGGACCUGGUUCAACGAAUCGCAAAGAAUGAGACAAUGUAUUGGGGAGCAAACAGCCAAAGAGGAUGCCCUCAUCGACGCAAAGAUUGAUGAGGCAGUGGCCAAAGCUAUGCGGGACCGAGAGGAGAAAGUGAAACGCCAAGAAAAAGAAGCUGCCGAAAAGAAACGCCGACAAGCAGAUGAGCUGACCACUGCAUAUAAAAGCCAUAUCCGAAGAACCGAAAUCCAACGUAAGAUUCAAAAAGAACAGGAUCAAGAAGAGCUAAAGGAGUACGUCCGACUCAAUGAACAGGCCACCUCGGAGCGAAAAGUUCGGAAACAGGAACUGUUGCGGAAAGGGAAAGAGCUUCAAGACGUACACCUGCGAGAAAUAGCUCUUCAUACCGCUCAGCGUGCAAAGGAUCGCGAAGAGCAGCUUGCAAACGAUCGUGCUACACUCGCGGUCCACGAGCAUGACGACGAGAGAUUGCAGGCCUAUAUGAAGAGUCUCGCUGCUGAAUCAUGGGCCCAAGACAAUGCACGUCUACAACAUUAUGUGCACGAAGAAACCAGUAAGCCCAAAGACCAGCGACCGUGGCGACUGGCGGAUAAACAUUGGGUAGACACUGGUAAGCGGCUGGGGCUGACCAGUAACAAGUAUCACCCGAUGGAUGUGGCGGGAACAAAUGAGAUAUGUAGGGGAGACUUUCUGUCCGUAGUGGGAAAAGCAACAUCUCGGUGCGGUUCCGCUGCUGGCGGUGCAACCGUCGUAUGUACACCUCAACCAUCCGCUAGCCCAGCCAAUUCCCGUCCUGCCAGUUCGUCGACAAUCAUAUCGCCGCGAACUGGAGGCCAUUGCAAACAAGGACGGCCCGCAAUUCUUGAGAGACUCCCGGCUGUGCAUGUCUAGCAGUUUAUUCGUUUGUAUACUUUUUGCCAUAGUACUGUAACGUAAUAGAAUUAAUCGGUUU